CAUUGGCCGCGGCGAAACUUCCUCAGCGGCAGCCAAUCAUAAGUGAGUUCUGCUGUAAGGUGGCAUGGGGAGAAGCUGACGUCGCUCCCCGCUGUAUUUGCUAUGUUGACAGAAAACCCAUCAGCAUCAGGACCACAGCAGUACGUUCUCAUCUCAGUCUUGCUGUGACGGGACACCGGCACUUUUACUCAGCACACCGCCACGCGGAUACGCGCAGUGCUGUGCCGAGCUGGGCCGCGAUAAAGUUGUCAUGAGAAGAAACUACAGGACUACAGGACAUCGACUGAGCGCGUUGGAGCGACGUUAUGGAGAAAGAGCAGCCCCGGUUACUGUGCUCGAGGCUUUUCCUGAAGAACAGGCUGGUGGAAGUGGCUUUGAACCGGAGUGUGCUGGCUUGGAAGGAAACUGAGAAGAGCAGAAGACGGAGGUCAGGCUUCAGCAGUUGGUCUGACACAGCUCACAGUCAGACGGCUCAGGUGUGUGAAAUCGUGGCCGUGCACGAGGCCGAAGACAACGACAACAAGGCCAAGAGCCAGAGAAACGACAAGCGGGUCACUGGGCUGUAUCCUCACGCAUUCACAGUUGCACAUGUGAAGAGGACGACGCAGCACCAGUGGCGCUGCAGCGAUGUCACCUUCCGCAGUGCCAGUCAAGCACUGUGUGAGCAGUGGAUCCACGUUAUCAACGAGCAGCUGUCACUACUCACCAAUCGGCCCAAGAGUCUCCUGGUGUACAUCAAUCCCUACGGCGGAAAGCGGCGUGGGAAGCAUAUUUACGAGCAGAAGGUGGCUCCACUGUUUCGCCGUGCCUGCAUCUCAGCCGAUGUGAUUGUUACAGAGCGUGCCAAUCAUGCCAGGGACCACUUGAAAACAGAAGCCAAUCUAGAUAAAUAUGACGGGGUGGUGUGUGUGGGUGGAGAUGGAAUGUUCAGUGAAGUCCUGCACGGGUUGGUCACCAGGACACAAGCUGACCGCGGCGUGGACCAGAACGAUCCCGAUGCAGAGUUGGUGCCUUGCGAUCUACGCAUUGGGAUCAUUCCUGCAGGCUCCACUGAUUGUAUCUGCUUUGCCACCGUGGGAACCACUGAUCCAGUUACCUCUGCUUUACACGUCAUUGUAGGUGACUCGCAGCCGAUGGACGUGUGCUCAGCUCACCACAACGACACCUUCCUCAAAUACUCGGUCUCGUUGCUUGGCUACGGUUUCUAUGGAGAUGUCCUGACAGACAGCGAGAGGAAGAGGUGGCUCGGCCCCGCCAGAUAUGACCUGUCAGGAGCAAAAAUCUUCCUGAACCACAACCGCUAUGAAGGCACCGUCUCGUUCCUUCCUGCCGAGCACAACAUUGGGAGCCCCAGGGACAAGCUGCUCUGUCGAUCAGGGUGCCACGUCUGUCAGCACAAGCACUCAUCAAAGGAGAAGCAGCGGGGGGUGUUGGAGGAGAAGGAAGCGUCUGAUAAAGGUGACAGCGGCGGUUGGAGCGUGAUCCACGGAAAGUUCAUUGCCAUCAACGCAGCCAGUAUGAGCUGCGCGUGUCCACGCAGCCCGCAAGGCCUGUCGCCGUCUGCCCACCUUGCCGACGGCACGACAGACCUCAUCCUGGUCAGGGAGUGCUCCCGCCUCGAUUUCUUCAAACACCUUCUUCAACACACCAACAAAGACGACCAGUUUGACCACCCGUUUGUCGAGGUCCACCGGGUGACCAAGUUUCGCUUCCAGCCGCGGCACCAGCAGCUGGUGUCGCUCGAAGACCUUAUCGAGACUCAGAAGAAGGCGGACUUCAGUCCAGUGUGCUCCUGCCAGACCACCUGCAGCGACGGCAGAGCCCACAGCAGCUGGAGCUGCGAUGGAGAGAUCCUGCAUCAUGCCGCGAUCCAAGUCAGCGUCCAGUGCCGGUUGAUCCGACUGUUUGCCCGCGGUAUCGAGGAGCAGCAGCAGCAGCAGCAGCAGCAGCAGCAGCAGCAGCAGCCGUAGCCGUGUGUGUUUGAAGAUCCCUGUGCACCGCGGGCCCCACAGCCAAUCACACACUGUGCGGACUGAGAGCUGGACGAUGCAUUUUUGCCACUAGAAAUCAAUUCGUGAAGUUGCACUCUGAAAAAAACUUUUUUUUGGGGGGGGAAAGGCACACAUCACCAAAGUGUCAACGUAAAAAAAAGAAAAAUACCAGCAUCCCGUAUCUCUUUAGUGCGAGUAAAAUGUGCAGGAGGUCUUCUCUUUGCUCAAGAUGUGAUGGAAUGAUAAAAGAAAAAAAAGCUGCCACACUGGCUGGUGGAGGCUGGGUGGGUGUCCACGCAGACAUGAAACAGAGCUGAACUGGCCUGAGCUGGACUCACGGCAGUCAGAAAUAGGAUUUCCAAACAGACAUGAAGGAGAACGCAAAUAGACAAGCCAAGGUGAUAGAAGGAUGGCUUUAAAUGGAAAAGAAAAAUCCUGCGACACUGAUAAAAUAAAGACUUUAAAGAAAGAAGAAGCUCCCACGUGCAAUCUGCUGCUCCCUUUUUUGGGGGAAAAAAACAUUUCAUCUGUGACUCAGGUGAAAGUAGAUAUGAGCCAGGGGCAAUAAUGAAAAGAACUGAAUACCCUGCUAAUACACUAACAGGACCCCGGUGGCUGCUGGGUAAUAAGGCAAAGUGGUUGCUAAGUGAUUCAUUGUGUCUCAGCACUGCUGCGCUGCACCUGUGGCUCUGAGCUCUUUCCCUCUCUGGCUGGAAACUAGCAACAGUUUCCACCAUCAUCUGGGAUUAGCUGAUAUUAUACAUGGUUAUUGUUAUUAGAGACAUAAUCUGUUGAAUGGAUUAAAAAAAGAAAAAUGACCAGGUCAAGCUGGCCUUGAUGUGUCAGAAGAUGAGGUCACUGUAGAAGAAGCAGCUGCUUCUAUUGUGUUGUUUUUUUUCGUGUGUACUUGUAUGUGUUACCUCACUAGGAUAUUUUCUUUCUUUUGAGCAUAAACUCUGACCUUGCAAAGACCGUUAGUCUUCAUGGAGAUCUAAACCUGGUUCUAAUGAGGCAGAACCUCGUUUUUGGAGGAACUGGUUAAAUUGGUGGUGAUGGUUAAGGUGAGGGAUAAGUCAAUGCAGUGUCUUUGAAGAAGAACAGAGAAUAGUGUGUGUGUGUCACGUUUUAUCACAACAAGUCUCAUGACUGCUAUUUUGCAGACACUCACGCUCACUGUAGCAACACACUGCUAAAACAGACACGCACACUCCUUAAAAUGUAACACCUUAAAAGCUCCUUUCCUCUCUUUGAAUCCUCAUCGGGCUUAGUCAGUACUGAGGUUUGUUGUCUAUGAUGUUUCAUCCUCAGUCUGCGGUAUGAUGCUCCGACACACACUCAGACACACACACACACACACACAGUAAAUGUAGGCAAGCACUGUUUUCAGAAAUGCAUCAGUGAAAACAAACGUUGAAUUGAAAUCCAAAGUUCCUCUUUAGUGUGUGUUAUUAUUCUGCCUCGAUUCGAUUUGAGCAGAAACGCUGUAGCAUUAGUUGUUGGCUGGAUCCUUCAUCGGAAAGUACUCUGUCAAGCAAUACUAUCAGACCCGACACAGAGUUUGUGUGUAUACAGCAGCAGCACCAAAAAAAACGUCAAACUGCUGAAAGACCGGUCUUUUGAGCAGACGUUUCUUGGUGUUGUGAGACUCAAGGCCCAUUUAUUCUCCAUUUAUUCUCCAUUUAUUCUCCAUUUUACGUCCGUCCACCCCAAACUUUAACUCUGUCACUACCCUACAUCCCUCCGUGCUGUGCACAGGACCUGAUAGUGCUAUACUGAGCAAUAAGUCGUGUGUGUGUGUGUGAACUCAUUAGUUUGGAUCGUGAAUAACUAGCACACUGGUUUUUAAUGUACAGGUGUAUAUGGUCAAUAUUUUUGGUUUGUCCAUUCUGGUCCGACUCCAUUAGAGAGGACUGACCUCAGCACACAGUAUGUUAGUUUGUAUGAAUCACAAAGAAAUUGUUACACAACAAACACCAAGGAUGUGACUAGUUCGAGUUCAGUAUAAAUUUCAAUUUAAGUUAAGCUUCUUUUUGUUAAGUGUUGCUGUUCUCUCCAUAUUUAAGUUAGAACCUAAAUGAAACUGUGAUGUAAGUAGACGCUGUGAUGAUCUGUUUUAUUUAAAUGCUUAAUAAAGUGGUUUUUGAAA